AUGGACUCAGACGAUAAUGUGGAAGAGCUGGAGGAACUUGACGAGGAAGAAGAGGAAUAUACGAAAAACGAACUCGAUCGGGCUCGCAUCUACGAGCAGGGGGAAACACGUGAUUUUCUUCAAUUUCUGCGGAAAAUCAGCUACGACCACAGACAAUGCCCAGAUGAUGAUCAUGGCGGGCCUGUCACAAUCAACGUCUCGAUAGUGGUCAGCAACGUGCGAUCGGUGUCCGAAGUUACUAUG